AUGUUUCCUAAACUCACAUCUAAGAUAGCCCGUCUUAACGAGUGCUAUCUCGGAUUCAACAAUUGGCGCCCACCGUGGGGCUGGAAACGCUUCUCGCUAUUCAUCUCGAAGAUAUCUAGAUUUUCACGAACUAGCAACGAUGGUAAACUCGAAAGAAAACACUCCCACCGGGAGCCCGUCUCCCUCAGAAGAAAACUGAGCGACAGUCUACCACGCACGAUAGACAAGUCGCUACCCGCUGAAGGCAGGGACAAGCCUGCUCCCUACAAGGAACCAUCUUCUCACCACAGAGAUCUGUCUCGCCGCGAAGAUCUGUCCCGCCGCGAAGAUCUUUCGCCGCAACGAUCCCCUCCGCCAAGAAAGGACGAGAGCCCCCCUCCGUCCGCACCACGCCGCUCGAGAAAAUCUUCCUCGAGCGACAAACCCCGCAGCUCGAAGAAAUCCUCCUCGAGCGAGAAGAUCCUCAAACUCAUGGAGAAUCUCGUCAAGCCGCUCGCCGACGGUUUCGAGUCAAUGCGAGCACAGCAGAAAAAGACUCAGGAACAGGUGGAAGCCCUAGCGCGAGAAGACGAUGAAGAUCCGUCAGAUCCCGCUGACGGAACAACACCACGUCCCGCGCAAUUCGACGAGGUCGAUUCGAAAGUUCAUCGCGCCACCAGCUCAGCUCCGGAAUUGACGAAAGCACUCGCCGAUACCCGAAGAAGCCCGCUCACCCGCAGGCUCCGCCAGAUUGAGCUACACGAAAGAGUUCGACUCAAAAUCGACUCUUACACCGGCGAAGAAGACCCCAAGAAGUGGCUAACCGCGUUCAACCUCGCCAUGAGGAGGGAGAAAUACAAAUCUUACGAUGAAAGGGAGGCCAACUACUGUCAAGUAUUCGUCGAGCACAUGGCGAAAGAUGCCUUGACCUGGUUCUCUAACCUCCCCGCCGAGUCGAUCGAUAACUUCGACGACCUAACCAAUGCUUUUCUGAAGCAUUACUCCAUGCACAUGACCCGAAUCACUCGGAACAUGUUCACCACAACGCAAACCCAAGGCGAACCAUUGCGCAGCUUUAUGGAAAGGUUCAAACAAGCAGCUCGCGACACUGGCGACAUGCCGGAUAGCGUCCCGGAUAGGUCAUCCUGUAUGAUAACCGAGCCAGUAUCAGACGACGAGACCAACGAGUCCAACGCAAUAAAACGAGCCGCCGCGACGCAGAAUGCAGAUCCCCCGAUCCAUCGGCAAAGGAACUCCGAGCCCGCCUGGAAAUCCGACUUAAGGUCCAGCUUUAGCACUAAACACAAGGAUCUCUCCGAUCUAUUCGAGAUGGAGCAACUCGAGGACGAACCGCUACGAAGCUACCUGAACAGAUUCAAGAGUGCGCUGCUCGACCUCAGGGACAUUCCGGGAGCACCCCCAAUCGCGGAACCGGUACUCGUCCAAGCCCUCGGAAACGGACUUCGAUACGAAUCCGGAUUCUGGGAAGAUAUCCGCAUCCGCCCCUCCCCAACUUUGAAGGACGCCUUCCUUCGCGCUGAGAAUUACAUCCGCCUCGAGCAAGACAUCCCGCAGCUACGGUUCGACCCCGAAGAUCCUCGGUUCCGGCUAAGAAACAAGAGAAAGUCAUCAUCCUCUCGCCCGGAGAAGUCCACGCAUAAAGCACCAAGGUGCCAUCACGAAUCUCUCCCUCGCCGAGACGACGCCCCUGUCUACGAUGACGAGACCAGGAGAAACAUGGAGAAUCGCGCGAAGACUGAUCGCCAUGCACCCCCGCAAUGCUCGUUCUCCGAUCAGGAGAUAUUCGAGAUCAUUGCCGAUAUUCGAAGAACUCCCCUGACAAGCCGCCUAUCCGAGGUACCACUGAAGAAGCGCGCUUCACUACACCUAAACUUCUACGACGGCCGAGAAGAUCCCAAGCAGUGGAUCACAUCCUUCAUGACGGCCAUGAGAAGACAGAAAUACACAUCGCCGGAAGAACAAAGCGCGCACUUCUGCCAAGCCCUCGCCGAACACUUGCGCGGCGACGCCCUAACAUGGUUCAGCAACCUCUGUGCCGACUCCAUCGACAGCUUCGACGAUCUAGCAGCCGCUUUCCUAAAGCAACACCUCCGUUUCGCAUUAGACGACCUCGUCUUUUGCAAAACCGAUGAUGAUACGAUCUAUGGUCUCGGCAAAUUCGGUUCCGACUGGGAAGGACCAUUCCGCAUCGCGAAAGUCGUCAAACCAGGUAUCUAUCAGCUAGAAGACAACCUCGGCACCACGUCCGAUCGCCUCUGGAGCUCGUCGGAUCUGCGCAAGUUCCAUGACUAG